UGUGUUGUUGUUGCUGCCAUGCUAGAGGAACAUGCUCCUCGUCUGUGAAACGAUUUUAAACAAGUUUGAAUAAAUAUUCUCUCACUUCGCUUCAACUUUAGACCAGACAACACACAGACAAGCUCCAGUGUGACGUCCUCAUGAGGUGAUGCUGCAUGUUUUGCGCCGUCCUCCACAGAGGUCUCUCGUCUGUCUGCGAUGGACGUGUUCAAGGUCCCAGUUCUGCAGCAGGCCUCGCUCCCUCCAAGGCGAGGACUGUACAGAGACCCGCCUGAAUCCCCUCAACAUUCAGAUGCUGUCAAAGAACCUCCAUAAGCAGAUCUUCAGAGGUCUGGAACCAGAAUACAGAGAGGAGGAUGUGGAGCGCGGCAUCAAGCAUUUGCAGAAACACCAGCUGUGGGGGAAAGAAACGUCACUGUUGCCCGACGUGGAGCUGAAACUGGCUCAGAUGUAUGGCGAAAAUAUUGAUGAGCACUUUCGUAUCCUGGCUCAGAAUCAGAGUCUUCCCUACCUCGAAGCUGCCAUCCAGCUGCAGCAGGCCGAGCUCCCCCCCAUGCCACAGGAAUGGAAGUGGGAGGUUGGCUGGACACGCUAUGGGCCCAGUGGGGAGAGUCAGAAGGUGGACUUCCCAGAGGAGUCUGCGCUGGUGUUUGAUGUGGAGGUGUGUGUAACGGAGGGACAGUGUCCCACGCUGGCUGCGGCAGUGUCUCCCACUAACUGGUAUUCCUGGUGCAGUAAGCGUCUGAUUGAAGAGCGAUACUCCUGGUCAAACCAGUUGACCCUCGCUGACCUCAUACCUCUUGAGACACCUAUGAACUCUGCCUUUCCUCCGAGAGGCCAGUGGAAGCAUCGGCUCGUAGUGGGCCAUCAUGUCAGUUUUGACCGAUCUUUCAUUAAGGAGCAAUACUUACUAAAGAGUUCGAAGGUGCGCUUCAUGGAUACCAUGAGCCUUCACAUGGCUAUAUCAGGACUGACUGGGUUCCAGCGCACACUAUGGUUGGCCAACAAGCUGGGCAAGAGGAGGGAUCUUCAGGGGGUCAAGGAACAUAUGAAGAAGAGUGGACAGAAAAAGCAGGGUCCAAUGAUUGGCUCCUGGGACUGGGUGAAUAUCGGCAGCAUUAAUAACCUUGCUGAUGUCCAUGCACUGUACGUGGGAGGGCCGCCGCUGCAGAAGGAGGCCAGAGAGACCUUUGUGAAGGGCAGCAUGAUGGAUGUCAGGAGCAACUUCCAGGAGCUGAUGCGGUAUUGCGCCAUGGAUGUUCAGGCCACCCAUCAGGUCUUCGCAGAACAACUGCCCCUGUUCAUGGAGAGGUGUCCUCAUCCAGUGACGUUUGCAGGGAUGCUGGAGAUGGGUGUGAGCUACCUUCCCGUCAACCACAACUGGGAUCGAUACCUGGAAGAUUCUCAAGACGUGUACGAAGAGCUCCAGAGAGAGAUGAAGAAGACUCUGAUGACUCUAGCUGAUGAUGCCUGCCAGCUGCUGCAGGACGACAGAUAUAAAGAAGACCCCUGGCUUUGGGAUCUUGAGUGGGAUGUGCAGGAGUUCAAGCAGAAGAAAGUUGCAGCCAGCAAGAAGAAACAAGUAAAAAAAACAGUCGAAGUACAAGUUGUUGCUCCUCCUUCAGACUGGGAAGAAGAUCCAGGUCCACCAUCUGAAGAGGAGAUGGCGGACCCUUUCCCCAGCAGGGUGGCUGUAGAGAGGCUGAAGGAAACAGUGAAUCGACUUCCUAAGAGAAGGCAACAUCUGCCUGGACAUCCAGGAUGGUAUCGUAAGAUGUGUGAGAAGAUGUCUGAGGAGGACAGCUGGUCGCCUGGAGCCAGCCUGAUCAGUCUGCAGAUGAGACUGACGCCUAAGCUGAUGGGCCUGACGUGGGAUGGUUUCCCCCUGCAUUUCGCAGAGAAACAUGGGUGGGGCUAUCUGGUACCUGGACGCAGGGAUAACCUUAAAUCUCAGGAGGACAACGCCGGGCCUGUGUGCCCACACAGAGCUAUUGAAAGUGUUUACAGGGAGUAUUGUGAGCAGAACAGCAAAGAGCAGCCUGAAUAUCUGGACUCCCACCUAUCAGAUGACCUCAUGUUGACAGACAGCGCAGUGUGGGCAAAGGUGGAGGAGUUAAGUUCCCUGGAAAGUCUGAUGGAGGAAAAUGGAGUCAGAACAACGAGGACCAAAAACACACAGUCCCAGGAUCACCUUUACGUCCCAGAGAAUAGUCAGUGCCAUUAUCACCAUGGAAAUGGGCCCUACAAUGAUGUAGAUAUCCCAGGGUGCUGGUUUUUCAAAUUGCCUCACAAGGAUGGCAACCAAAACAAUGUCGGCAGUCCUUUCUCGAAGGACUUUCUGGCCAAGAUGGAGGAUGGUACUCUUAGGGCAGGACGCAGUGGAACCAAUGCUACACGAGCUCUGGAGAUCAACAAAAUGAUGUCCUUCUGGAGGAAUGCCCAUAAACGUAUAAGCUCUCAGAUGGUGCUGUGGCUGCGAAAAGGAGAGCUUCCUCGUACUGUCAUCAGACAUAAGGAGUUUGAUGACGAGGGCCAGUAUGGUGCAAUAUUACCUCAGGUCAUCACCGCUGGAACAGUAACACGUCGAGCUGUGGAGCCAACGUGGCUGACGGCCAGUAAUGCACGGCGGGAUCGGGUAGGCAGUGAGCUGAAGGCCAUGGUGCAGGUGCCUCCUGGGUACCACCUGGUUGGAGCAGAUGUGGACUCUCAGGAGCUGUGGAUUGCUGCUGUGCUCGGAGAGGCUCACUUUGCUGGCAUGCAUGGUUGCACAGCGUUUGGCUGGAUGACCCUUCAGGGAAAGAAGAGUCAGGGCACUGACCUGCACAGCCGCACUGCUGACGCUGUGGGCAUCAGCAGAGAGCACGCGAAGGUGUUCAACUACGGACGCAUCUAUGGUGCAGGGCAACCAUUUGCAGAGAGGCUGUUGAUGCAGUUCAACCACCGCCUCAGUCAGACAGAAGCUUCCAGUAAAGCCAGGCAGAUGUAUGCCUUAACAAAGGGUAUACGCAGAUAUGAUCUGUCAGAGGAGGGCGAGUGGCUGGUCAAUGAACUGGGUAUAGAGCUGGAGACGGAGGAAGAUGGAAGCGUCUCUUUGCAGGAGUUGCGUAGGAUCAGUAGACUGGCCGCGAAAAGCACUCGGCGGAAGAGGUGGGACAUUGUUGGAAAACGUCUGUGGUCUGGAGGAACUGAAUCGGACAUGUUCAACAAGCUGGAGAGCAUAGCUCACUCGGCACAGCCAGCCACUCCGGUUCUCGGCUGCAGGAUUAGCAGAGCUCUGGAGCCCGAGGCAGUCAAGAAUGAGUUCAUCACCAGCAGAGUGAACUGGGUGGUUCAGAGCUCAGCAGUGGACUACCUUCACCUGAUGCUGGUGGCCAUGAAGUGGCUCUUUGAGGAGUAUAACAUCGAUGGGCGUUUCUGCAUCAGCAUCCACGACGAGGUGCGAUACCUGGUCUGCAGUGAAGACCGUUACCGAGCAGCACUGGCACUUCAGAUCACAAACCUGCUCACGAGGAGUGCGUUUGCUCACGCGCUGGGUAUGCAGGACCUUCCCCAGUCAGUAGCUUUCUUCAGCGCAGUUGACAUUGACCAGUGUCUGAGGAAGGAGGUCACAAUGGACUGUGAUACCCCCUCUAACCCCACAGGUCUGGAACGCAGAUACGGUCUGCCACCAGGUGAAGCGUUGGACAUUUAUCAAAUCAUCAACAUCACUAAAGGCUCUCUGAACAAAGACAGAUAGCACUUUGUGGACAACACUACUGUUCAGAACAGCUGCACCUGCUCAUGACUGCCAAGAGGCCGUUCAUCCGCUGGUUAAACUCCGGCUCAGCGAGGAACGUGGGGACAAGUGAGUCAAACCGAGGAGCUUCUGAAGGGCCAGCUCACUGUUUACGCUUCUUCAGUUUGGGUUCUUGUGUCUCCUCUGUGUCCUGUGACUCCGUGGUCUGAAAGAAGAACAGACACAGUAAACUUACCGAACACAAGCCUGCUUCAAAAUAUUAUAUAAGAGUUAAUUGCUAUAUUUUAGCUCUGUCUGGAUUGUAAACAUCAGCUAUUUUGACUGAUGUCAUGAGAAAAAUACAGUGAGCUUUCAGUGCUUCCAGUGUGAGAUGGAACUUGCCUCCUGGCUGUCGUCCUGCUCCUGCAGGGCUGCGUCCAGAGUAGUAGCAAUAAUGCGAAAAUCCCUCGAGGUGGUCAGCUUCAUGUACUGCAUCAGAUUCACCUGGAAACAUACCCACAGAUGUUGGUGAAACACUGAACACAUUUGACGAAACUGCACUGACAGUUCUCAAGGAGAAAAGCUGCAUUUUCUUAAUUUUUACUUAUGCUAGAGUUUUGUGUUGCUCUUUUUGUGUUUUGAGUAUUUCAGCUCACACGUACCUUUGAUUUCUUUGAGAGUGUGAUGAGAUAUUUCUCAUACUGUUCGAUGCUGAAGAUCAAAUCAGGGAUGGCCUUUGUCUCUCGCAGAAGUUUUGCCUUCCAAGAGAAAAUAAUCUUUACAUGUAAAUGUAUUGUUGUAAAAAUCAACCACAAUCACUUCAGCUACAGUUAUAGGAGAUAAAUGUCCUUACAGAAGCAA